GGAGAGAGAGAGGUUCGGUGAAGCUAGACGUGGGAACAUACCCCUAAAUUCUAAAUGAGCAAGAAACUCUGAUUUUACUGGGCUAGAACUCUAGUCUUCAACUCCACGGAAUUCGCGGAAGCCGGAAGUCGGAGCCAAAACCAAAACCAAAGGCAAAAGAGAAAAGAUGGCAGGUGUUUGGAUGCAGAUAGCAUGGGUACUAGUGCUCUGUAGUGUGUGUCUUGCAUCUCUGAGUGAGAAUCAGGAUGGUGUGCCUCUGCCUCUGAAAGCAGUCACUUCAUCUACUCAAGGCUCCCCUUGGCCCAUGCCUCAAUCUAUCACAGUCAUGCCUGUUGUUUACAAUCUAGUGGGAGAAAGUCAGUUCAUGUUCACAGCUAGCAAGGUGCAGUGUGAUAUAUUAGACAGUGCUUUUAAGCGCUAUCUUGGUAUCAUCUUCUUUAAUAAGCCACGAGCCUCAAAGAGACCCCGACAUGCUCCUACACACUUGCGAUUCCGCUCAGCUGCUACCGAGCUAAGAGGACUCAAUGUUGCAGUGGAACAGCCAUGUCCUGAUUAUCCUCAGCUGGAAUCUGAUGAGAGUUACUCUCUGACGAUCUCGGACACAAGUGCUUCUUUAGCUGCCACCUCUGUGUGGGGAGCCUUAAGAGGUUUGGAAACUUUCAGUCAACUCAUUUAUGAUAAUGAAGAUGGUCAGCUUGUCAUCAACAAGACGUCAAUCACAGAUUUUCCACGCUUCAGUUUUCGUGGAUACUUGGUAGACACAUCAAGACAUUUUCUUAGUAUGUCUUCCAUUUUCAAAUCUCUGGACGCUAUGGCAUAUAACAAGUUCAAUGUAUUCCAUUGGCACAUUGUAGAUGACCAGUCCUUCCCUUACGAGAGUAAAGCAUAUCCUUCCUUAAGCCGCAUGAAUGCUUACGACCAAAAUCAUGUAUACACACGUGAGAACGUCAAAGCAGUGAUUGAGUACGCUCGUCUGCGAGGCAUUCGUGUGAUGCCAGAGUUUGACACCCCUGGCCACACCCAGUCUUGGGUGUCCAUCCCAGACCUUCUCACCCCGUGCUACUCCGGAACGACCCCUACAGGUGGAUACGGUCCUAUCAACCCCACUAUUGAUGCCAACUAUGACUUUCUGAAAAUAUUUUUCAAGGAAGUCGUUGAUCUGUUCCCUGACCACUAUGUUCACAUGGGAGGAGAUGAAGUCAGCUUUUCUUGCUGGGCAAGCAACCCAGCCAUAACUGACUUCAUGACACAGCAUCAGUAUGGGAAGAACUACAGCAUGCUAGAGCAGUAUUAUGAGCAAAGAUUGCUUGAUAUCAUGGCAGAUCUACAGACUGGAUACACCGUGUGGCAAGAGAUCAUAGAUAAUCAAGUCAAGGUGAGACCUGAUACUAUUGUACAUGUAUGGAAAGGAGAUUGGCAGAGCGAGGCUCAUAAUGUGACCCAGAAAGGUUAUCGCACUCUCAUCUCAUCCCCAUAUUAUCUCAAUCGGGUCACUGAUCCAUACACUCAUCAGUGGCACAACCUUUAUCUGGUAGACCCAGCUAAUUUCAAUGGUACUGAUGCUCAGAAGAAGUUGGUGAUUGGUGGUGAGGUGUGCAUGUGGGGAGAGUAUGUAGACUCUACCAACGUCAUCCAGAGAACUUGGCCUCGGGCCAGUGCAGUAGGUGAGCGUCUGUGGAGCUCUGUGAAUGUGACAUCAUUGGAUGAUGCCUCUCAUAGACUUGUAGAACAAAGAUGUCGCAUGGUCAAACGUGGAAUUCAAGCUGAGCCUAUUGUUGGACCAAACUUCUGCCCCUACGAAUAUGAAGAAUGAAUUCACGCACGCUACAGUCAUCCUUGGGACCAAACUAGUGCCCCUACGAAUAUGAAGACUGAAUACCGGUAUACGCUGUAGUAAUCCUUAAAAAAAAAAAAAAAAUAUUGAUUCAGGUUUUAUUAACAAAUUAUUAUGAGUAAGGAAUUUAACAUUAAAUUCAUGAUUUCAAUGUGCUUUCAAAAAUAAAAUUUAUUGCAAUAUCAAUUUUAAGUAUACCGGUAGGUGUUAUGAGGAUUAAAGCAGAAGACAUUGUAUAACUUAUACAUUGGAUCAAUGGAUAAUGAUAAUUACCGGUAGAAUAGUACACUUUAAACAUAUUAAAUGUUAUUAAAAGUAUAGAUAAAAUAAGAGGGCGUACUUGGAAUGUAGCGUUAUUACAAUAA